AUGGAUAUUCAUCUUCAAGAGAAUCAAACAGGGAUAAGAUUCAGUUGGAAUCUUUGGCCGCCUACAAAAAAUGAAGCAAGCAAAAUUGAAAUACCAUUAGGAUGUUUAUAUACAGUUUUAAAACGAUCCGAUGAAAAUAGUGUAAAGUUAGUUGAGUAUGAACCAUUAAAAUGUAAAACAAGUAAUUGUAUUUUAAAUCCUUACUGUAAUAUUGAUUUUAGAAAUAAAACAUGGACUUGUCCGUUUUCGAAUAUAAAAAAUCCAUUUCCUCCUCAUUAUGCUCAACAUAUAUCUGAAAAGAAUUUACCGGCAGAUGUGAUGUACUCUAAUAUCGAAUACAUUCAGCCAUCAAACGUGGGAGACAUUCCUCCUCCAACAUUUUUGUUUGUGAUAGAUACCUGUUUAUUAGAAGAAGAAUUAGAACAACUUAAAGAUUCGAUACAACAAUGUAUAAGUUUAAUGCCAAAUGAUGCAUAUAUAGGAAUAAUUACUUUUGGCUACUUAUGUUAUGUACAUGAAAUAGGUUUUACUGAUUGUUUAAAAUCAUAUGUAUUUAAAGGGACAAAAGAUAUAAGUGCACAAGAUUUACAAAAACAAUUAAAUUUAGGAAGCCGUAAUGAUCCACGAAGUUCAACUACAUCUGCAUCAGCUCGUAGAUUUUUACAACCAGUAAGUGAAUGUGAAUAUAAUAUAAAUAUGUUAUUAGAAGAUAUUUCAAAAGAUAGUUGGCCAACACCACCAGAUCAAAGAGCAAAAAGGUGCACUGGAACUGCAUUAAGUGUCGCUAUUAGUUUAUUAGAAUGUUGUUGUAAUCAAUUAAGUGGUCGAAUUAUGAUGUUUAUUGGAGGUGCUGAUACAACAUCUCCUGGAAAAAUAGUUGAUACUCCUCUUAGUGAAUCUUUAAGACAUCAUUUAGAUUUACAAAAAGAUAAUAGUAAUGCUAGACAUGUAAAAAAAGCAUUAAAAUAUUAUGUAUCGUUAGCAAAUAGAGCAGUUAUGUCAGGACAUGCUAUAGAUAUAUUUGCAUGUUCAUUAGAUCAAAUUGGUUUAUAUGAAAUGAAAGUAUGUUGUGAAAAAACAAAUGGAUUUAUGGUAAUGGCUGAUUCUUUUUCUAUGAAUGUGUUUAAAGAUUCUUUUAAAAAAAUUUUUGAAACAGAUUCAACAGGUUAUAUAAAACAUGGAUAUAAUGCAAAAUUAACUAUUAUAUGUUCUAAAGAAUUUAAAAUAUGUGGUGCUAUUGGUGGAUGUUCUAGUAAUAAAAAACCAGCUCCAUAUGUUUCAGAUACAUGUGUAGGAGAAGGUGGUACUUGUGAAUGGACAAUUUGUGCUUUAGAUAAAAAUUCAACAAUUGCAUUUUAUUUUGAUAUAGUUAAUCAAAAUGUUUCUUCAUUACCACAUGAUAGACAAGCAUAUUUACAAUUUCAAACACUUUAUCAACAUCCUAGUGGUCGAAGAAGAUUGAGAGUUACUACUAUUUCUUAUAGAUUUGCUGAACCAAGUAUUGCCGAAAUAUCUCAAGGAUUUGAUCAAGAAACUGCAGCUGUUUUAAUGGCUAGAUUUGCUGUAUUUAAAGCUGAAACUGAUGAACCUAUAGAUGUUUUGAGAUGGCUAGAUAGAAAAUUAAUUAGACUUGUUAGUACUUUUGCAGAUUAUCAAAAAGAUGAUAUAAAUUCUUUCCAUUUAUCAUCUGAAUUUUCUAUAUAUCCUCAAUUUAUGUAUCAUUUAAGACGGUCUCAUUUUUUACAAACUUUUAAUGCAAGUCCAGAUGAAACUGCAUAUUAUCGUUCUAUUUUAUUAAGAGAGAAUGUCAUGAAUUCCUUAAUUAUGAUUCAACCAGCUUUAUUACAAUAUUCAUUUGAUUCCCAAACACCAAUACCUGUCCUAUUAGAUGCACAAUCAUUAAAAUCAAAUGUUAUUUUAUUAUUAGAUUCAUAUUUCCAUAUUGUUGUUUGGUAUGGUGAAAUGAUUUAUCAAUGGAGAGAACAAGGGUUUCAUGAAAAACCAGAAUAUGCACAUUUUAAAGAACUUUUAAAUGCACCUCAUGAGGAUGCUAAAUCUAUAUUAGAUGACAGAUUCCCUAUUCCUAAAUUUGUUUUGUGUAAUAGUGGAGGAAGCCAAAGUCGAUUUUUAUUAGCCAAGGUGAAUCCAUCUACUACUCACAAUACACUUAGUGGAAGUACAUUCGGAACUUCUACAAAUGAAUCAUAUAUAAUUAAUACAGACGAUGUUUCUUUGAAAAUAUUUAUGGACCAUUUGAUCAAGUUGGCAGUUCAGACAUAG